CUGCGUCGUGACGUUGCGGUAGCCGGUUUUACGCCGAUGCGGUAUUACGAGGCCUCGAUGCUCGAGGAAAUUGUUUUGGAGAACAACAUUACGACACUUACAUUGGCACCGUUCAAGCUAUUUCAAAAUGAUGAAGGUCGCAUCGUAAUGGCGAAGGUGAGAGAAACACCGUCUGAGAGAAUAUUUCAUAAUAACUCGUCCAUCGAGAUUCCCAUCGAUCUUUGUAUCAUGGCGUGGUCGUUGAUUCACGAUCCCUCCUCUUGGUCGGAACGUACCAUUCACGGCUUAAUCGAGGCUGCCACCGAUUACGCCUACGACAGUAUGUUAGCUAACGAGGACACUUCCGUGAGUGAUAUGAUCGACGCAGUGCUACCGGAAUUCGAAAUAGCGAAUUAUGUGUUUCGGGCGGUAUUUGCACCGCUACACUAUGGGUUUUUGUACGCUACGGAGGGGUGGAAUCUCGCAAUGACCCUGGAGAAAAUAUUCGAAACAACAAUCUACACUGGUGCGAUCAUCGUCUGCCAUUCCGCUCACAUAGGUGUCACGAAAUGCGGCAAGAAUUAUUUUGCUUGGUGGACAGUCACGGGGACGAAGAGCCUGAAAAUAAUCGCGACCAGCAGCUUUGACGAGUUUCUUAAGCUAAUCGUUAAAGUGAUCAACGUGCCGCAGAUGAUUGGAUUUACUGUGAGAGCGAUCACCAUAUCUCACGCUUUGAAAAUGGCACCAGAUUUUAGCGAUGUCAAAGGUCUUCAUGAGCCGAAAAUAACGACGGCAUCUCUACCUGAGAUUUAUCGGAAAGAACUUUUGGAGUCUUACGACGCCAAAGCGAUCUUCAAACCGAUCAAUCUCGCAUCGAAACCAAUCUUCAUACUUGGAACGGUAGCUCUUCACAAUCGCGACAGUCUGCUGGAACCACAGAUGAAACGUUGCUAUUUCGUCGCGUUACUGGCUGUUGUGAUAAAAAGGGAUAUUGUUCAGUCUCCACUUCCUGGCAUGAUUGACAGAAUUCUCGAAGUGGCGGAAAGUUUGUACAGAGGAUUUCCUAUCGAGCCGAAAUUUCAUACGGAGCAUAUCUUGCGAAAUGUUCCACUGAUGAAUAGGUUCUUCGAUCUUCGUGAUUGCGCGUUACCCUUGGUUGUGUUGAUGACAAAUUCUCAAACUGGCAGAAAUGAUUUUUACGUGCAAGUGAAACACCAUCUGAAACGUUAUUUUAAGAUGCACACAAGUGGUAUACUGCAUUUUACAAACUGCUGCUAUGGCUUUUGGUAUUCAAGAGCAACCAACUGCUACUACUAUCUAGAUCCCUAUCAAUGCGAUACAGAUGGCAAAAAAACUUGUGUCAACGGCAACGCCUGUCUCUGCAUCUUCUCUUCCAUACGUCAAAUGGUGAAACACAUGUGCCUCAAUCAGUACGAAGGUACAACUGGAUUCUUCCUUCACAGAAUUCACGUGAAUUCCAUCGACGCGCCACCGUUUGAGAAAUUUCAAGAAGAUCCAAUGUGGCUCUAUUUGGACUAUCACUGGAACUUCACGCAUUCAAUUAUGAGAUCGUGUAAGAAAGUGAAGUACGGCGACAGGUCAAAGACCAAUCGGCAAUUUUGGAAUAACUACGCGAUUGAAGUAAUUGGUCUAAUUUACUCCAUCUGGGGCACGAUCGGUGCUUAUGAUUGUCGUUUUGGCGAACGAGCCGGGAAAAAUAGCGUCGCCAUAUGCGUAGCUGUCCUAGCUAUGUGGAAUCUCUGUCAUCCUUCACGCUGGAGUCCGGCUAUCCUGGACUCCGCCGUGAUUUGCGGAGAUUCUUACUAUACGGAAAGCCUGAAGAGUUUAAUGCAGAAUUAUUCGAAGUCUGACAACAGAUUUGGCUUACAAACUUCUUUUAAGAUAUUUCCACACUCAUGGACCGUUGAUUUCGGUACGAGUGUGUGCGGGAUUUUGUACGGUGAUCGAAAUAGCUUAACGUUAACUGAUGCUUUGAACUUGGCCUUUGAAGAGGCGCGUAACAUCAUCAUUGAAUGUAACAAAAUUACCUUGGCAGCGUUGACGGCUAAAGAUGCUUAUUAUGUUGCCGAUCCUUGCUGGAUCGGUCCACCGUUAUUCCCGAAAAAUCGCGGCGCAAUUUAUGUUCUACGUUGCAAAAAUAUAAACGUUCUAAUAUACGCGAUCACGAAGAUGUUUAAUACCAAUCAAAGACUUAGUGUAUACGUCACGCCGUUAAGCCUCGCGUUUGACCGAGAAGACUUCGACGCGGAUCUCUGUACCACGAGAAGGAAGAUCCUGCCUACAUCUGUACAAAAAGUUCCUGGAAAAAUCGAAGAUCCUGGCAUACCCAUUCCGGGAGCGGUUGUAGUACCCGACGAAGAUUCUUACUUACCCAUAUACCGACAGCGCUUUGUUGAGGGUACUGCCAGAGAUUCCCAGCUGGAGAAUUUACAACUUCGUCGUACGGAAUGUGUACUGAAUCCCGAAAAUGCGAAUAAUGCGCUCGUGAGCACCAAGUGGCGUAUGAAUCUCGGUCAAGCGCGUUCUUGGAAAAGACCUAAGCUACCCUUGGAUUUUAUCGAGACAAAGGAUGAUUUAUUGAAAUUUGAUUCUUUGACGGAUCCGUAUAAGACGCGAGUUUCUUUCACGGAUUUGAUUACUGCGAGCAAUCGUUAUCCAAGACCGAUAGACUUUACCAGUGACGAGCCUCCACCUAGAAUAGAAUUGUUCGAAAAUGUCAGCGAACGUGGCUUCAUCAGAGAGCAAAGUCGUGUAGAUUUCGACAAGAGCGUCGCGGAAAUGUCUCAGGAAAACUACGCUAGUUAUCAGCAUCGUUUACCCAAAAAUGAAAAAACUUUAAUUAAAACUGAAAUUCCGAAUAUACAUAGCGAAUCAAGUGAUGUAACAACCGAUACAGAACAAGAAUAAUCAAAAGCGAUGUAGUAAUUUUGCAAUAAGAAGUUCAUUAAGAGCACAAAUAUAA